AUGAUGGCUUGUCAGUCCGCGUCCGAGUCAUUAAUUGCCGCGACUUCGUCAUCCGUGUUGGAUGCUGGUGUGACGAUUGCUCGCCCGCGCCCUCCCCACGUGACUAAUUCCCCUGCCCACGGAAAAUCUCAGCACGGAAUACGGUAACGGGAGAGCAUUGCGCUUGUUGAUGGGCUGCGCACCUGAGAACCAUGACGCGAGUAACUCACGACUCACGCAGUUGUCACCCCUUGCGAGGAUUUCGGCCUCUUGGAACUUUGAAUACGUUUCAACAGUCGCGAUGUCCAUGCAUCUUUAGAUAUACCCAUCGGCACCGAAUAUUGACUCGCCUCGAACGCUGCUUUGCCUGUCCUUGAUCCCUUUCGCGAGGGCUUGAUGUAAAUUCAUUGGUUAGCGGUUCAUCCCCCGUCUCUUACACACAACCAGCGUUUUAUAGCCAUAUCUGUGAAUUUUCCUCCGUUUGCGCUAAUAACAGUUGAAAUCCCUCUAAAUCCUUCCAUUAUCACCACCCCGAUCCAAUAGCUAAACUAGGGACGUGGAACUUGAAGCAUUUCGACGCCGCAAUGUCUGUUGAUUCUUGAGAGGUGGUCUAGCAUGCGAUAACGCUUCAGAGGAGCGAGCACUAUCGCAAGUGAAGCCCUCUUAAGAUCACUGACCAGUUUGACUUUUUCUUUACUCCAUGGUGACUUAGAUAUGAGACCGCACACUGUUUCGUUUAACCUUCUGGGUAAUAACUCGCGCGGUAAUGGGUGAUAUGGGCGUUUUUUGUUUCCUCACAUAGUGAAGAUUUAGAGUCUGGAGCUCUCGUUCAGAUUGUUCCGCCUUGUGCAGCCUGCCAGUGUGGCACUCAAAGUUGCCAUUUCAACCUCCAGGCCUACUGUUAUCCAUCCAUUCCCUGAGGUGAAUGUUUAUUCCCCACCUCCGUUUCAUUAUCUUAAAUCUAGGCCUCAACUGAUUUCUCUGGCACCCCGGAAGAUGCAAAAGCUGAAACAAAAUUGCCCCUGAGGCCGGUCAGACGCCUGUUCUGUCGACAGAAUGCUGUCCGAGCCGUGCGUUUCAACGCCGAUGGCCAGUACUGCCUGACAGCUGGUGGAAACAGGACCAUUCGCCUGUGGAAUCCGCACGCUGGGCGUCUGUUGAAGACCUAUAGCGGUCACAGCGGCGAGGUCUCUGAUGUUCAGGUUAGUCGGUCCUCCUCUCUCCUUCCCUUAUAACUGCAUCCUUGCGGGUGACGGAAUGCGUCCAUAAGAUCGCUCAGGCUUCCGACUGAGGUGAUGCAAUAUUUUGACGGUGAAGGUGGGACCAACCCCGCCAGUUAGCCCGACAGAUGCCGUCUCGUGUGACCUUGUGCGUCGUCUUACCUAGAACACUGGAUUUGAUAGGAGAUAAGACAGACGACGACGGCUGUGGCUCAGAUUCGGACAUUCCGUUCACUCCAACGUUUAGGGAUCCCAAUUUCUUUGCAACGCUUAACGCUGAGAGGCCCGCCUAACGAGCAAGGUGUUGCUGCACUAAGACGAAUAUACUACGCGCGAUAGGAGGAAGCGACAAACGAAGUACUUUCAUAGCUCAUUAAUUCUGUAUCUCAUGCUACCUGAAUAGUCUCCUUGAGAUCUCCAACUUAGGCAUGCUCUCACUUCAACAUGCUCCAGAGAUUUUACGAAGGUUUUACUUCGGGGCUGCGUGUUGACUACUCCUUAUAAAUAUUGAUCUGCUGCCUAACCCACUGACAGUCCGUUGUGCCGUGUUUAGACGGAGAGUUGUCCCAUUUGAACUUGCCUUCCUCACAGAACUGGGCGGCAUAACUGAAAGCAGGUGAUUCUUAGGAUCGCUAGUACAUGCUGUACAUUGCUACCUGCCUACCGGGUGUCUACACAACAGACUGAGUAGUAUUGACAUCAUCGGCCGAAUCUACACUGCUCGUAGGGUUCUCGCUAAACCUCAAAAGUGCCUUCACGCAAUCUCUUUUACCGCAAAAGUACGCCCACCCUCGUUUUCUCCGAUGGCCGUAAAUUCUGGGCUACGGUUGCACACGGUGGACUAAAACUGUAGGCUUUCACCACCGUUCUUUAGAAAAGAUUCUUUGGAAAAAGUAUACAGAAUUCCUCCUUUAAUGAACCUGCCUGCACCUCCUGUGACAACACCAUGAGAAUGCCUCAACUCAUCUAAGGGUAGCUGAGGGGUUUGAGCACGUCUUUCAUUGCCUGCCCAUUGUGUCCAGUGCUGCUGCCUAAAUGCGACACUGGCUUCUCAUCGCAGUUAAUGAAGAGGAGAUCAGCUCUCAACACAGAGUUCGACUAUGUGCGUACGUGCGGUUGCGAAUCCUCAGAUAAGUAAUAAUACCCUUCUCAGAGAUCGAUUUGUUUUCUUGCACCUUUAAGCGUAAAGAUCUGUCCGCACAUGCCUUUGAGUACCCGUGCAAACGUACGUGUUUUUUGUUUGCCCUUGACACAGUCCUCCAGUGACAACAGUCAGCUGGGAUCAGGAGGCACGGACCAGCUAGUGAUCCUGUGGGACGUGGUCUCGGGGCAGGCCGUGCGCCGAUGGCGAAAGCACGCGGGUCGCGUGAAUGCGGUGAAAUUUGCCGGCCCCUCAGAGGAGGCAGCCGCACCCAGUCUCCUUCUCUCUGCCGGUGUGGACGGAAUGCUCCUAGCCUGGGAUGCCCGGGCUCGUACUCAGUACCCAAUCCAGGUAUCCAUCAAACUUCUUACUGUGCACUGCCACAAUUGUGUCCUCCAGGAGAUAAAGGAGUGAAAGAGUUGAUAUCAGGGAAUUGUAUGCUAAUUAUCCUGAAGUUUCAAAAGAGCAAAAGCCAACCAAGUGUGGGCACGUUGAUCAGUUGUCGCAAUGAAUGACCGGUCGACUCUCGAGUUUCCUCAUGCUUGGUUUGGCCCAUGAUCGCCUGAUGAUAUACAGUGCGCUACGGAUCUCAUGAAAUGUUAGCCGAAAUUCUGAAAUGCGUUGUCGAUUAGGAAGGAUGGUGGGGUUGUAAUAUUGAUUAGAAUGCAGCAUAAUCCUUUAAUAUUUCGGACUCGCCAGGAUGUCGGAUCUUGGAUGCAUUCCUUUUUGACCUCGGUAAAAACUGACAAUUGAAAUAGCAUCCACUUUUCCUAUUGAUUUUCGAUGGCCUUAUAAAUUCAAGCACAUUUUAUAGAAAACAGGCACGGAAUAUGCUUUCUUUUACUCCUUUGGUGGAAAAUCCCAUUGUCUUCAAAUUUUAUAUCCGAAAAAGUGUGUACCUAGGUUUUAAAGAAGUUUCUAAUUAUGAGACUUUUAAGACCGUGCGAUGUCCAUGCAUACAGGACCGCUUAUGUCCGUUUACCAAUGCUCCUCAUGAAAUGUACAACACAGUCCGGAUCCAUUGUGAAAUUUUAUGAACCCUAUAUAGUUUAUUCUUAAAGGCAUAGAGGAUUAUAUGAUUUUCCUUACGCGGAAAGCAUGCACUUUGUGGACUGAAAUCGCCAAACGCUAAUGCAAUGGCAGAUCAGGCUCAAAAUUAUUCGGGAAUUGGGAAACUUUUUUAAAACCUAAAUACACACUUUCAUCGGGUGUAAAUUUUGAAGACAAUGGGAUUUUCUACCAAGGGAGUAAAAGAAAACAUAUUUUUGUGCAUAUCUUCUAUAAAAUGUGUUUGAAUUUAUAAGACCAUCGAACAUCAAUAGGAAAAAUGCAUGUUAAUUAAGUAGUCAUUGUUUUACCGAGUGUGGUUUUUGCAGGUCAAAAAGGAGUGCAUUCAAAAGCCGACAUCCUGGCGAGUCCGAAGUACUAAAGGACUAUGCAGCAUGCUAAUCAAUAUUGCAACCCCACCAUCCUCCCUAAUCAAAAACGCGUCCCAGAAUUUCGGCCAACAUUCUAUGAGGCCGGUCACGCACUGUACAUGUUUCCGCUGUCUCUAUGGCUGAUGUUUCUCCAAUGUAAAAAUUGAAGUCUUCGAGGGUGGGCAUUGAUGUAUUGUCUCAGCAGUUGGGCGUGACGCUGGCCUCGGGGUCAGCUAUGCGCCAGUGUGGCAAGUGCCACGGGGGCAUAGCACUAUUAUCUCCUCUGGUAAUGAAAGCUUCCAUGCCUCGUAGACGUCGCGGUGAUAAGCGUAGAACUAUGUCCCCGGGGGAGCUAAAACUUGCAAUUUGAGUGCGCGUGCCGCCCUGCGAGACUGGAUCCAUCUAUCCUGAUCAGUAAGCUGAUUUCUUACUAAUAAGUACACACGUCUUUGACGAAUGAGACCCACUCAAUUUUUGUGCAGGGCUAGACCCUUGGAGACAAGUUCUUCCUGUAGCAGCCUCCACGAGCCCUGGAAUUUUAUUGUCAAUGCAGAUCGGUGCUUACCUAUUGGCACGUGCAGAUAUUUCGAAUUGAAUCCGAUCUGGUUGGAUUUUCCUUCAUUAACCGUGCGCAUUUUAUUAAAAAUUAGUAUCCUAAACUGCUCCAAUAGUGUGCAUUUUGCGCCAAAUUUCACAAAAUUUCGUUGCCGUUACUUCAAACGGUUCAGUUCUAACUCCCAUUUCUUUCUAUAACACAAGGCAGACUAAAAAUUACUCGGCCGGACUUAUCGUCGCAUUUCGACUUGCAAAAUAUCAUAGCGGAUACUUCUAAAACACAUCAAACAGACUGAUUGUUCGCAUUUAUGCAGACGUGAACUAGUGAUUACGGCACAAGGCUUUCUCCGCGCCCAUUAAAUUCGACGCACUCGGAGUCCCUGCGAGCGGUAACAUAACGACAGGCAGUCGUUUUUUGCAAUUGUGCACGUGAGAAGCCAGCUUUUGAAAAGUCUCGAAUAAAGAGACAAACAUUUGAAAAAUGAAUCAGACAAUCCGUCUUCAAACUAAAUGAAAAUAAAAAUGACCUGUUCUCCGGUGGAGGUCCAGUUAAAUUGCCGGAAGUUUUUAAAAUUCACAGUCGCUGUCGGGUUUUUUCAGUAAAGUCGGUAAAAAUCAGGUUUCCUACCCAAUUGCGAAGCAGCCGGCAAAAAUUUCCAUAAAAAUGCAUUCAUUUGAAGUUAUUCUACUGUGUAUCCAUGAUUCGCCCUCAGAUGACCUCAGUUUUUUGUGCACCAAUCAUGUCUCUCUUCUGACAUCCGACCUCACUGAUGUUUUCGCUAAUACUCACACCAGAUGAAUGACCUUGCAUUUACACUUGUUUGUCAAACCCUGGUUCUGCCAUGCUGGUCGACCCUCCUCACUUUUCAGACUAUUCUUCUGCUCCGCCACGCAUAGGUCACUUCUAUUAUCUAAAAUCGUCUAUGGCUGUUCUGUGAUUUUACUCCCAACUACAACGGCUACCACUGAAAGUAGGGUUGCCCAGAAGGGGCUUUCCACUUGAUGGCCCGGCAGUUGCAACAAAGGCCUAAGUUCACGCUCAGUUCUCAUCUGUGACUCCACGAUGCUGUGCUGGGCGCGGCGGUAACACCCUGAUAGCUGCUGUUACUAGCAGUCGAACCCAGCUUGGACUGGCCGACACACCUUUUCAACGCCAAUGAGAUUUUGUGAGAUACUUGAUUGUGUGGUCGGAAAGAGACCAGGGACACCGCGGUACACAGAGACAGGAUAAGCCAUCCACCGCGUCCGUGUCCACCUCCGGUCCUCGUUGCCCCGCCUUUUUGCCGGUGGGAGUGGGAAGAGAGAGAGCGACUUUGGCCCUACGAAAGUCAUCUCUAGAAGUAAAUUCACACGCGAGUGGCUCCUGUUAUCGUCCUCGUUUUUGGCGAGCUGCUGAGCAGAUUUUUAGACCGCGUUAUAUGGGCAGAGAGGUGCCUAAAAGUAUUUGAAAUGGCCAAGGAAGAGAAGAAAGACUGGUCGAGCACCGGAACAAUUUGUUUGUUAUUCUGAACUCCCCAACUCGUGCAACAGGACAAACGACAGUUACAGUGAGUACUAGCCAAUCAGCGGCCAGGUAUGCGUAUCCGGAGGUGGCUGCGCAGGGCUCCGUAUGCCGACGCCUGAUCGGCUGAGUUCUCAUCCGAGGCCCAGGCCUCAGUCAAUUCUCGGCUUGCCUUGCUCCUGGCUGGUGUCAUCUCGGAGAACGGACUCCUGCACGAGCUCGAAAGCUCAGAGUAGUAGACAAAUUGCCGGUAUUAUCAUUAUAAACUAGUUCAGGGGCAAGCCACCGUUCCUGCGUCCGCUCUGCUGCGGGACGCUCGGUGAACAUCAGGCCAGGUUAUUAUUAGGUUGCUUCACUGAAUUCAGAAUAAAUCCUAAACGCCUGCAUAUCUACGCAUAGAGAGCAGAGGAAAGUUAGUUUUCUGAAGCAGGUACGCCCGAUAGUAAAUAACUCUACACCCUUGAAUUUGUUUGCUUUGGCCUUGACCGCUGCGUCAAAUUCUCUCGGGCUGGCCGGGUGGAGUUGCUUCAACACAAACUGAACUGUUUAUCCAAGGUGAAAAUAUCUUUGCAGUGUUUGGGAGAACAAAACAGACCCCUUUGCGGUUGCUGUCAGUCUCCGAGCAAUCCAAUCCGUUCGUCCCACGAGGAUGUUGCCGUCCCGUCCGGUUGCACUUGAACUUCCAAAGUCACAAUCACAAGCCAACUGUUAUCUCAACUGGCCUCCGUAGAUGUAGGCUGCGUUGUAAGUUAGGGGUUACAUGCACCAUCAAUGGUGUGAUAGGAUAUCCUUGCUGUGGAUAUGCAGUCGCAGUUAUGUAUCCAGGGAGUCCGGAGCACUAUGCUUCCAUAAGAGGAGCGAAGACCAGACAAAGCCCUUGGCCACGGUGUUAGCCGCCUGCUACAACAGGGACUAAGGAUUCUUUAGCAUCAUUGUCAUCCAUUCCUUCCCACAGGAUGGACUGGAAAAGAUAGCAGGGCAAGCUUGACGCCGCGGUCUACCGUGUCAUGCGCGUACCGCAACAUGCCGUUGGCUUGCCUUCAUGACCACUUAAAAGCUGACUAUUGAUCUUGGCCACUUUAUCCGCUGACGCAGGCCAUACCUGCGGAUGGACAUCUUCACGACGGUGGGUCUCAUCGUGUGCUACGGUUUCCUGCAAACAGAGACCACCGAGGCACACGCCUUCGCCGCAGUGUAGGCACGAACCAUGGGGUCUGUUUGGGCUUUUUGGUCCGACUAUGCUGGACUUAGUGUGCAGGUAAGCUCGGCCUGUGUGUAUUCAGAAGGCGUAAUGGAUCUUUCACUUGAACGACCGUCUUAUGUCUGUGCCUUUUUCGCCCUUCCAUUCAGACUAUGCACGAGGCGAGGGAUAGUGUCAGUUGCAUCGCAGUGCGCCGCUGGCAGAUUCUCACGGGCUCUAUCGACCGAUGUGUCCGUCUCUACGAUAUUCGCAAAGGUGAGCCAAUGACUGCGCUGCGCCCGUUAAAUGCAAUGUUACUUCAAGCUUCUUGUCCCAAUAUCCGCCAAAGGUAUUGGACUCUGUUAGAGAUCAGGAAAAAGACCUUUCAGAGAUGCGUAUCCUCCCAUCGCUUCGUGAGGAUUCAAUCAGAUAUUUAGCGAUUGAGGCCUUGGGGUUUGACGCAGGUACUGUUGAAAAUUUAAUUGUCGUACAGCGUAAAUGAUGAGGAAUAAGUGAUUACCGAGGCACGCUUUUAUUUCGCGUUUGCAUUUUCGAACGGUAGAUGCUGUCGUUCACAAUCAGACCGGUGAGUCUGCUGCGUGGCCCGCGUUUUAAGGUAUGAGGUUGCUUGCAUCGCCAUGCCUGUCGUGUUCACCGCCUACGCCUACUCGGUUCACCUACCCAAGCACCACUGUUCUAUAGCAGGGACCGACUCUGUUGUUUUACGCCAGUUUCUCCUUUUAAGUAACAAACGCCCCCCAUUAGACAGGAUCCUUUUUGGUCCCUGUCUUAUCGGCCUUUCAAAGUAGCCCUCAAACAGAAGGAGAAAUGGGAUACAUCCCCCCCUAUAGCCAGUGAAUAAAACAUGCACGAUGUCGGGCAAUUAUUCAGCGCAAACGUGUUGAUAGAACAAGAACAGAUCAUUGGCCGAGAGAUACGUCACCAGCGUUAAGCACAGCUAAGCCCUAAAUGAGAAUUUUUAACUAUCGUGGGCUCAACACACCACCGACCUUGCAAGUGUUCGGCCGCCUAAAAUGUUGCCUAAUCUGUUCAUGCCUCCCAAAAUACGUUCGUCACUCACUUUACCCAUAAGUAGUUUUAAAAUUUUGAAGCCUCAAGUGAUAUUUUUCCCGACAUAUCGCGAGCCGAAUAAUUGCGCAGGUCUUGGAUUGCAAUUGACUGCAUGGACUGUCCUUGACGCACAAGUAGCCAUGGCCUCUGAUAGCGCAGUCCCCUGUUUUUUUUCUCAGCAGAAUUUCGAGAGAAGCUCAACUACACCCGAUCCGGACACCAUUAUGGCUGCUUGAGGGCUGCACAGUAACUUCGAGCACACCAGUUCGCACUUUCUCGCAGAUUGCUCACCUAUCGUCGUUUGAUUCCCCUCCCGAUAUUUUUGCCAACUGCACAGGCCAUGAACGCGGUCAGACUACUCCACUAGGAACUUUAAACCCUGCCAAAACUGCCCGUUUCGGGUGUCAUAGCUGCAUUGAGACUUUAGCUGAUGUUUGCGUUUGCACCGUCCGAUCGGCCAGCACCGCACAGUGCGCGAUUAAUUCUACUCAAACCCAGCGUUGACAUGGAGUCGACGGGCAAACUGGAAAAACGCGUUGGUCUUACAUUCCCCUUUUCUGUCUUCUGGCUGCAUCUCGGUUACUCUGUGUGCAGGUGAGAUGCUGGAGGACUACAUCGGUUACCCUGUCACCUCCGUGGGCAUAUCCUUCGACGGUCAGUGUGUCCUUGUUGCCUCUCAGGACUCCACUAUACGCCUCAUGGAUGCUCUGAAUGGAGAGCUACUGAGCAAAUACACCGGCCACGUUAACAAGGUCUUCAAGUAAGUCCCCUCUGUUUUCUCUGGGCAAUUUUCGAGCACUAUCAGUCGUCAAACUCUCAGCUGGGCUCACAACUAGAAGUUAUGUCCUAAUGGUGUUGCAGUACAGAUGGACAUGGAAUAUCUUAGCUUCCGUAUGUUAACUGUAUUCCAGUCUGUCCCUACCUAACGCCAGGUUUUCAUCUUUGGCUCCGCACCAGCGACGAGAACCAGGUAAGGAGAACUUGUGAGUAGGAUACCUACAAUUCGGUCUUCUGGUGUGACUUGUACAGAAAACCACUUGACACCCUGGAGAGGUUAUUCUUCCUCUUCUUCGGAGAAUGAAAUUAUACUCUGGUAUUGGCCAUACUGAGUAUUGUGUACUGCCAACACGGCUGGACAGGGCUACCCCCCCACACUUUCACUUAGCUACGCCAUAGAUUACGUUGUAGAGUCGCUUGCAGUGCUCACCAAGUAAGAAACUGGCACUCCCUCGAGGCAACAAUAUGAAGUUCAUGGAGUUGGCUUGCGACGGUUGCGUCCAUUUGGUGCCCAACAACAUCAAAGACUUCGUCAGCUUUCGAGCAGUGCUUUUCGGUGGAGUUGGAGGGCCCAAAAGUCUGAUAACUGCCAACAAAUGGCUGGAGGGGGGAACACACUGACUUACGCAGGUAAUGCUAUUUCCCGGAAGUAAAAGUGUUCAAAUUCGAUAGCUGCUCUGGUACGGAAAUUUCCCGCAACACCUACCAUCUGAAGCUCACGAGGUGGUCCCCGGACAGAAAGCAAAAGCUCACAAUACGCUCGUGCGAUCUGCUGAGUUGUAAUUGGGAAAUGUGGCUUUGCGAGACAAGUGACGUACAUAAGCCGUCUGUCUUUGGCCAUUUAUUUAGGCGACACUGUAAGAGCAAAUUGUCGUGACGAUGUUACUAACACCGAAUCCGGACUCGCACGUCAAGAAGAGCAUUAUACACACCCAAUCAGCCGAACAGGCACUCAGACCAUCUCCGUCAGUGUCCGUCAUGUGUCUGCUGGCCAUUCGUGGUAGGUAAGUAGCCCUGCCUUUGAGGGUGGGGAAGUGAUUAAACCACCCAUAUCAGGACUGGUGAGCCUAGCUCUGUUCUCUGGCCUACGGGGAUGGAAUCUAUCCAACCAGUAAGCAGGUGCCUUCCAGGCCUUCUCGGCAUGUGGCACUCAGCCCUCUCGCGUAACCAGCCGACCGGACACUACAACCACCCGACUUCUUGCCUUUUUACCCUAUCUUUACCCCUCACCACUGCUGCACGAUCGAUUAAGCGGUGGCCCAAGACCAGCCACUACGCAGCUAAACUUGCAGCUAAGUAGAAUAUUGGCCAAAUGUAAGGGGAUAGGCAGGAAGGAGUACCGGCACAGACAUGGGAAACUGGGAUGGCCGUUAAUGCAGCAACUGACCUCUCCUGCCCUCCCCUCCCCCUAGGUUGGACUGCUGUUUCAUGAAUCAGGACGCUCAGAUUGUAAGCGGUUCCGAGGACUGCGCCAAGGUGCACCAAUGGGACGUGGUUACAGGCGGUGCAGCGAACCUUGUGCUGGACCAUUCGCCCAAAUCACCAGCCUGGUCACGGGAUCUGGCCAACGAGGCGGACCUCCAGUCUGAACCCACCACCACCGGUGUCCCCUUUAUCCACUCCCUUUGUCCCCACCCAAAUGGUAACAGUCUCCUCACAGCUGGCGGCGACUACAUCUGGUUGUGGAGUGAUGAGACAUGA